AUGCAGAAAGUACUGAUUGCCAAUCGGGGCGAGAUUGCCGUACGCAUCAUACGCGCGUGUCAAGACUAUGGUGUAUUGUCUGUUGUGGCUUAUUCGGACUUGGAUGUGAAUGCCCUUUUUGUGCAACUGGCGGAUGAGGCAUAUGCACUGAAUGGCUCAAAUGCGACCGAGACCUAUCUGGACAUCAAAAAAUUAAUCGCGAUCGCAAAGCGAGUAGGUGCGGAUGCAGUCCAUCCGGGAUAUGGCUUUUUAUCUGAGCGUGCGGGCUUUGCACAGGCAGUUGUUGACGCCGGUCUGACGUGGAUUGGACCCGAUCCAUCAGUAAUCGAGGUUCUGGGCGACAAAGUAGAGGCUCGACGGAUUGCAGUGCAAGUGGGAGCCCCACUGAUUGCUGGAAGUGAUGGGCCUGUAUCGACAGCUACAGAAGUGCUCGCAUUCGUAAAGCAGAACGGUUUACCUAUUGCGAUAAAGGCUGUACAUGGAGGAGGUGGCCGUGGUAUGAAAGUGGCCUGGGCAAUGGAGGAUGUGGUAGAUGCAUACGAAUCUUCUGUCCGUGAAGCGACUGCUGCAUUCGGGCGUGGCGAAUGUUUUGUUGAGCGUUAUCUGCAUCGGCCGCGCCAUGUUGAGGCACAAGUAUUAGCCGACAAGCAUGGACAAGUGCUCGUGCUUGGGACUCGUGACUGUUCAGUACAGCGACGACAUCAAAAAUUAAUCGAGGAAGCGCCUGCGCCUUUUCUGUCGAAAGUGCAGGAGCAGAAUAUUUGUGACGCGGCAAAGAAAAUAUGUGCUGCUGUAGGUUACUCAAGUGCUGGCACUGUUGAGUUUCUCCUCGGCGCUGAUGGGAGUAUUUCAUUCUUGGAAGUCAACACCCGGCUUCAGGUUGAGCAUCCAGUGACAGAGGAGACAACUGGGAUAGACAUCGUCCUAGAGCAAUUCCGAAUCGCUGAGGUAUUGCCACUCUCCAUUACUGAAACUCCCGUCUCUCGGGGACAUUCUAUCGAAUUUCGCAUCAAUGCAGAAGAUCCCGGUCACGGAUUUCUACCAACUCCAGGCGCAAUUACAAAAUUUGAGCCUCCCUCCGGCCCAGGUAUCCGACUAGAUAGCGGCGUCAUCGCUGGCUCCGCCGUUCCAGCUGCGUACGACUCACUCAUGGCAAAAUUGAUCGUUUCUGGAGCUACUCGUGAGCAAGCACUAGCUCGCGCACGCCGGGCACUUCGAGAAUUCCGCAUCACCGGAGUAUCCACAGUUAUCCCAUUUCAUCGUGCAGUGCUCGACACAGACGACUUUAUUAGUAAAGGUGGCUUUAGAGUCCAUACGCGCUGGGUGGAGACUGAUUUCACUGCACUUCCUCUACCAGCACUCCGUCCUGACCCAGUGAAUUCCAAGCUUCCUGUUGAGCGGAUUGGGCGCCCUUGCCGCUGGGUCUGUUCCCCUGCAAAAAGUGACCCAGAGCCGUCUCCGUCAGAGGGUGAUCAUAUUCUUGCACCAAUCUCUGGAACACUCCAAGCUUAUAAGGUCGCAAAUGGUACAUGUGUAUCGGAAGGCGAUUUGGUCGGAGUGAUGGAGGCAAUGAAAAUGGAAACACAGAUCCUGGCGCCCAAGGCUGGGAGGAUCCUUCUGGUUGCCAAGGAAGGAGAAUAUGUCCAGGCCGGUGACGUCCUCCUAGCAUUUGAAUAUGCAGGCCAUGGCAGAUGUUAA